AUGAGUUGCAGACAAUUCUCCUCCUCUUACCGGAGCCAAGGCAGCUCCAGGGGCGGCGGGGGCAGCAUGAUGUCCUCGUUCGGUCGCGUCAGCUCCUCAGGGGCCGCUGGAGGAGGGGGCCGAUUCAGCUCUUCCAGUAGCUACGGAGGGGGGCGCUCCGGGGCCUGUGGGAGGGGAGGUGGUGGCAGUUUUGGCUCCAGCUACGGUGGAGGAUCUGGGGGUGGUUUUAGUGCUGGUAGCUUCGGUGGAGGUUCCAGGCGCUUCGGUGGUGUGUCUGGAGGGGGCUUUGGGGGUGGAUCUGGAGGAGGCUUUGGAGGCUCUGGGGGCUUUGGGGGUGGAUCUGGAGGAGGCUUUGGAGGCUUUGGGGGCUUUGGGGGUGGAUCUGGAGGAGGCUUUGGUUUUGGUGGCGGUUCUGCAGGAGGCUUUGGGGGAUCUGGGGGCUUUGGCGGUGACUUUGAUGGUGGUGCUGGUGGUAUUCUGGGCGCUGAUGAGAAGACCACCAUGCAGAACCUCAAUUUCCGGCUGGCCUCCUACUUGGAAAAGGUGCAGGCACUAGAGGAAGACAACAAUAAACUGGAGGGUAAGAUCCGGGAGUGGUAUAACAAGCAGGGACCCAUGGCCUUCCAAAAGGAUUACUCCCCCUACUAUGACACCAUCGAAGACCUCAAGAACCAGAUUCUGGACACCACAGUGGGCAACCAUAAGACUCUCCUGGAUCUUGACAACAUUCGCAUGACAUUGGAUGACUUCAGGAUGAAGUAUGAGAUGGAAAGCACCCUGCGACAAGGAGUGGAGGCUGACAUCAAUGGCUUGCGGAAGGUGCUGGAUGAUCUGACCAUGCAAAAGUCUGACCUGGAAAUGCAGUAUGAGUCUCUGCAGGAGGAACUGAUUUUCCUCAAGAAGAAUCAUGAGGAUGAGAUGAAUCAGCUGACUGGGCAGAACUCUGGGGAUGUCAACGUGGAGAUGAAUGCUGCUCCUGGCAAAGAUCUCACCAAGAUCCUCAAUGACAUGCGCGAGCAGUAUGAGAGGAUCAGUGCUAAGAACCGUAGGGACAUUGAAGAGCAAUAUGAGACUCAGAUGAGCCAGAUGGAGCAGGAAGUGACGAAUAGUGGCCGGGAGAUGGAGUCCAGCAACAAGGAGGUGACCCAGCUCCGGCACAGCAUCCAGGAGAUGGAGAUUGAGCUGCAGUCUCAGCUCAGCAAGAAAUUGGCCCUGGAGAAGUCCUUGGAAGACACCAAGAACCGCUACUGUGGCCAGCUGCAGCAGUUGCAGGAGCAGAUCAGUAACCUGGAGGCUCAGCUCACUGAGAUCCGGGGAGAGAUUGAGUGCCAGAAUCAGGAAUACAGCGUUCUGCUCAACAUCAAGACACGGCUGGAGCAGGAAAUUGCGACUUACCGCAGCCUCCUUGAGGGUGGCCAGGAGGACUUUGAAUCUCAUGAAUCUGGACAAAGGUGCUCUGGAGGUGGCAGAGGAAGUGGAUAUCACGGUGGAAGUGGAGGCAGUCAUGGAAGAGGAUCCUGGGGAGGAAGUGGAGGUAGCCAUGGAAGAGGAAGUGGAGGCAGCUAUGGAGGAAGAGGUAGUUCUGGAGGAGGAAUUGGAGGUAGCCACGGAGGAGGAAGUGGUGGCAGCUAUGGUGGAGGAAGUAGUUCUGGAGGAGGAAGUGGAGGCAGGAGAGGAAGUGGUGGCAGCUGUGAAGAAGGAAGUGGAUCUGGAGGAGGAAGUGGUGGCAGCUACGGAGGAGGAAGUGGAUCUGGAGGAGGAAGUGGCGGCAGCUACGGAGGAGGAAGUGGAUCUGGAGGAGGAAGUGGCGGCAGCUACGGAGGAGGAAGUGGAAGAUCAUCUCAGUCCCAGUCCUCUUCCUCAAAAUCUGGUGAAUGUGAUGAUACACAAGGCUAUCAGAUUCGAUACUAGAGCUCCUG